UGCGCAUGCGCAACGCUAUCUCCUAAACUGCUGGUGCUACGGCGAUGAUCGUUAGAUCUUGUUCUAUUUAGUCCAGACUUAGUGUAACCAUUAACCACCUGUGUACUACUCUCAUUUAAGCGGGUAUUUGGUGGUUUUUUGAAACGGCCAGCUGCAUGAUUAUUAUUUUCAGAUGUCAUAGUCAUUCUGUAUAUUAAUGAUCAAUCAAAGAACUUUUUUCCACAUUGCAAAAUACACUACUGGUAAACAUUGGAAAAGGGGACAACCUUUGGUACCACAAGAUGAUGCUGUUGAUAGAAGAAAUUAUGCCAAUGUUUUAAUUAAACUUUAUGGGUAUGAUCCUGCAACUUUGACAAGUUUUCAUCGAUUUGUUGAUCAAGCUGCAAAGAACAUGAAAUUCAAUGUGACGAAAAAGUUUAAUUUAACUACGAAAGCAUUUACAGUCACACUUGCAAACACACCUCAUUAUUUCAAUGAGAAUAAAAUGCAGUACCACUUAAAAGAACAUGGACGACUGAUUCAGGUUGAAUCACUUCCCACAGAAACUGCUGACAUAUUCCUUCAGUAUAUCAGAAAGAAUAUCCCUGCUGGCAUUUCAGUUCAAAUGGAACUGAAAAAAUGGCAAGAUUUUGUUUCUCCCCAAGGAACUGGUGAGGCUACUUAAUGAUGUGUAGUGACAAAGCUUGUAUGUAAGCUUUUUGAUUUGAACAAGUUUAGAUUUUGGAAAUUUCUUUGUGAUAAAAUUAGUGACUAAUAAAUGAUUAAUGUACAUCAUUAUAAAUGCACCUAAUUUACUAUUUAUGUGCUUUAGUUAGAAUUUAGAAAGUUGUUUGUUCUGUCAUAAAAGUCGAUUCUUUAAAAGCAUGCAACUUCUUGACUUGCAAUGCCAUAUAUUUUGAUUUUCA